CAUGGGCUCCUGCCUCUCUCGCCUUCUUUUGCACAGCCCCACUCUGCUGACUCAGUGCCUUAGUCUUCUCUCUCUCUUCACUGCUGUAGCUGGACCCCUUUGCCUUCACAACCUCUGAGCAUCUGCACAUCCCACAAUGGCGAAAACUGCAAUGGCCUACAAGGAAAAGAUGAAGGAGCUCUCUAUGCUGUCUUUGAUCUGCUCCUGUUUUUACCCUGAACCUCGCAACAUCAAUAUAUAUACAUAUGAUGAUAUGGAAAUUAAGCAAAUCAAUAAACGUGCUUCUGGCCAAGCUUUUGAAUUGAUCUUAAAGCCACCAUCUCCGGUCUCAGAAGCACCACGAACUUUAGCUUCUCCAAAGAAGAAAGAUGUGUCUCUUGAUGAGAUCCAGAAAAAGCUGGAAGCUGCAGAGGAAAGGAGAAAGUCCCAGGAGGCUCAGGUGCUGAAACAGCUGGCAGAAAAGAGAGAACAUGAACGAGAGGUCCUUCAGAAGGCUCUGGAGGAGAACAAUAACUUCAGCAAAAUGGCAGAGGAGAAACUGAUACAGAAAAUGGAACAGAUCAAAGAAAACCGUGAUGCUAACCUAGCUGCUCUUAUUGAACGCCUUCAGGAGAAGGAGAGGCAUGCUGCAGAGGUCCGCAGAAACAAGGAGCUCCAGGUGGAACUGUCUGGCUGAGCCCAGCAGUGGAGAGGUGGGAUUGCUCCCUGCCACUCCCUAAACUCCCCUGCCUAUAUUAUUACAGAUCAUGAGAUAUUAGUAUGGGAAAUGUAUGACAUGGUUUAAAAAAAAAGAAUCAAGAACUCAAUAAAAAAAACAAUGCAGUCUUUGCAGAAUGGUUUGCUUGAUGUUUAAAAAAUAAAACUUGGAUCUUAUUUUGUAAAUACUUACAUUUUUGUUAAAAAAUACAAGUAUUGCAUUAUGCAAGUUAUUUCAUAAUCUUUACAUGUCCUGUAACAGGCUUUUGAUGUUGUCUACUUCCAUUCAGUUGAAUUUGUUAGAUCUGUUCCUCGGAAGGUCCCUGCAGCAAAAUCCAUCCCUAGCUGUUUUCAUUCCUACUGAACAACCAAGUCAAUAGAACGUCUAUGGUGCUAGAGUCCAGUGAUUGCCUAAUUACCUAGAAUGCUUUGCGAUCGAUAACCUUUAUUAAGGCAGUACGGAGAUUACAGGCAUC